UUUCUUUUCCUACAAACUGCCAAGGAUUCAUGAGUCCGUUCUUUUUUACUUUUUGCACUUGUGCAGUUAACUUGCAAUUAAAUUGUCUGUUCAGAACUGGCAAUAAAAUUUCUAAACUCAUAAAUUAAAAAUGAACACUUGAGUUGACAUGUAGCACUCAGUAUGGAGUUUAAAAUUGAUACGCUACUUAAAUAGAAGCAGACAUUCCCUGAGCUGAAGUUCUGGGGUUUUGUGUAUGAUAGCUGACAGGAAUGGCUCACAGCUCUGACUAAGGAGAUUUAAGUUUAUCACAGGUUUAUGUAUCAUCUUACUUUGCUACUUUUUUUUUUCUAGAAUAAAUGGGUGUGUAUGACUUUUCCCUUGAUCUAAAGCGGUUCCAUGUCUUGUUUGGACUGCUCCUGUAUUCUGCGUACACCAGUUGAAUCAAUCAGACCAGAAGAGCUAUCUCAGAGCAGCAUCCAUGAAUGCCUGGCUGAUUCUGAUCUAGCCUGGAUUCCCCCAUCUACAGGAAAGAAUGAAAUGGUAUUUUGCUCUUCUAAUGUCUCUCAUUAUGAACUCCAGCUGGAAAUAGGAAGGAGGUUCAACAAUUUAACUUCAGUCUACCUUGCACGGCAUACACCUACAGACAGGCAAGUUGCUGUAAGGAUCACAGACCUUGAAAAUUGUUCUGAAGAGCACUUGAAAGCCUUACAGAAUGAGGUGGUUUUAUCGCACUUUUUCCAGCAUCCCAACAUAAUGACAUUUUGGACAGUGUUUACAGCUGGAAGCUGGCUUUGGGUCAUCUCCCCAUUCAUGGCCUAUGGUUCAGCUAGACACCUGCUGAAGACUUACUUUCCUGAAGGAAUGAGUGAAGCUUUGAUAGGGAACAUUCUGUUUGGUGCAAUCAGAGGAUUAAAUUACAUGCACCAGAAUGGAUAUAUUCACAGGAAUAUUAAAGCUAGCCACAUUCUGAUUUCAGAGGAUGGGCUGGUUUCUCUCUCUGGCCUAAACAACCUCUACAGUUUAGUUAGUAAUGGACAGAAGUCAAAGGUGGUGUAUGAUUUCCCCCAGUUUAGUACAUCUGUGCUUCCUUGGCUGAGUCCUGAACUACUGAGACAGGAUUUAUCUGGCUAUAACAUGAAGUCUGACAUUUACAGUGUGGGAAUUACAGCAUGUGAAUUAGCCAAUGGACAUGUUCCAUUUCAAGAUAUGCCUCGCACUCAGAUGCUGCUGCAAAAGCUGAAAGGUCCCACCUACUGUCCUUGGGAUAUAAAUACCUUUCCCCGGGGGGAAUCCAGGAUGAAGAAUUCCCGAUCAGGUGUUGAUUCUGGAAUUGGUGAGAGCAUGACACGCACAAUGACCAGUGAAAGACUUCAAAUGCCCUUUUCCAAAACAUUUUCACCUGCUUUCCACAACUUGGUAGAACUUUGCUUGCAACAGGACCCUGAGAAAAGGCCAUCAGCAAGCAGUUUGCUUUCGCAUACGUUCUUCAAACAGAUAAAGGAACAAACACAGAAUUCACUACUGUCCCUAUUACCACCUCCUAUUCAAAAUAACAGAUCAGAGUUCUUGGCACUGCCCUCAACAGCAGUUGGGACUGAACUUGGAUGUAUUGCUACAAAUCAAGAUGAUACAGACUGGGAAUUCUAAAUAAAUACUAAUGAUACCUCUCCAGUGUUUCAGAGAAGGAAAAUGUGAUUUGUAUUUGCUGCUUUUGUAUGGUUAAAAUACAGUUAGACCGAGUAUACUUGAAAUGCCAUGAAGUGGCUUUAAUUCAUUAACUUCCUCUUGGCAUCACAAAAUGCAGCGUGCCUCACUCUCCGACUUUAAGGAAAACUGUGUAUAAAGAAUGGCUGAGUGCUCACCUCUCUCUUUCAAAGUCUCUCUUGACAAGAGAGUUCCUGCUGUAAUCUUACUCUGUACUGUAUUACUAGCUCAUAGUGCUGCAGUCCACAUGCCUUUCUGAAUUCAGGCCUGGGCUUUGUCUGUGAUCUUACCUAAACAUCUAUUUGUCUUUUCAUUAUGACCUAAAUCAUUUUAGUAAGGAGAAAUCCUCCACUUCCGAGUUGAAAUGUGAAACUGCACAGAUUAGUUGCUUAUGUAAAUAAAUGUUUCUCUCUCAAAAGACAUUUUUCCCAUUUGACAUGCUGUCAUAUUUGCCAAAAGUUAGCUAUGCCUCCAUGCAGUUUCAAUACUGCAUGUUUCCCAAAGACAUUAAGCUUCUUGGAUGUGGGACUCCUGCUCUUGCAUCUGUUCACAUUCUCAGUACGAAUCUGGGCUUUUGCACCUCAGUUUAUUGUUGUGUCAUUUUAGCAGUUAAUCUGAGGACGUCUCACUAUGCAAAGUAAGUCUCAAGUUCUAGUGGGUACGGGUUAAUUUUGAAGGGUCAUAUUAAAUAAUCUAAAGUUACUGUACAUAUUUUUAUUUAUACUGUAUUCCUGUUCACCACCAGAAUUUACCAGAACCUAAUACUAUUUUCUUAGAAGAAAAGGCAAAAUGUAUUAAGCUUCACUGGCACUGGUGCUGGCAAACCAGCCUCUUCUGCAAGGCAAGUUAAAUUCUCAUGGAUCAAUUCAGCCAUACUAAGGACCUAACACCCCCCUAGGAUCCUAGUGAAUUUACCUGUUCUAAGUCAGAUGAAAAGCUGCCUUCUCCCAACAAUUCAGUAAAUUCUCAACUCAAACUGAAGAAAAGCAGCUUUUUUCUUUUAAAAACCUGGAUAUUCUCGUGUUGUAGGAAGAGGUGUAUCCCAAAGCUACUAGUACUUUAUUAAUGGAAGCACGGUGGUGG